AUGAGGACACUGUUGACGCCAACAGUCAGGAAAAGAAGAAAACAAGUGAAUGCUUUCACUCAACUUUUGACUCUUUGUUUUAUCUUUUUAUUGUUGCAUUCAAACAUUGUGUUCUCAGAAAAGAGUCAUCAUGACCGCUUUUCUCAUCCUCUCGAUGGAAGGAAUCUUUUAUUGGUGAUGAAGAACAGUGGAACGACAAGAUCUUCUGAAAUGACAUACGAUUCAUUCAUGAAUCCAUUCGACAAGACUCUCUCAUCCAUGGCAUGGGUCAACAACCACUUGAGAAGCAAUCAAGUCAGUCGAAUCCUUGUGAAUCUAUUUAUUCGACCUUCCACCCAAGUACUCCUCACCAAGAACAAUCUCAGAGCUUUGAGAACAGAAGUGUUCAGCAAUAGUCCAAUCUCUCAAGGAGACGAUGAACAACUCCUCCAAGUGGUAGCAGGUUCCAACAAUCGCAUCUUUACAAGUUGGCUUUCAUACCAAGAAUUGGAGGAAUUGUCCAAAAAAACAACAUCACCGAUUGAAAUUUGUGGAACGUGUGGAGAGAGUGCGAAAUGUUCAGCGAAUCAAUUUUCCUUACUUUUCCUUAGAGAGUCUCAAAUUUUCCACAUUGAGUGGACAUGGCAGAGUCCUCUCUUGGCAAAGAUUGUUCUUCCUCGUGUUCAUCAUCAUCAUUAUCAAUCCCCAGCCUUUACUUUCAUGAAUCAAGUGAAGAUGAAAUUUUCAAAUCGAAUUCAAAACCUUCUCAGAGAACGAUUCAUUGAAUCAACCUUGUCAUUUAGAAACACUUUAGAAGGUCAAUCAUCAUCACCAUUCAUCAUCAAUAUGGAACGAAUGAUUCAGGAAUUGUCUGAUUCAUUAAGAUUAUCCAUUCAACCCAUUCAAACUGAACACGAUGAAUCCAAUAUCGAAGAGAAGAAUAUUCUUCGAAGGUCCUUUCGAAUUUCUCUUGAAAACUCUCUUCCCAAUCAGGAUUGGAUAAAACCCUUCCUUCCAAGCACCUCUGAAUUCUCCAUUCUCAAAAACAAUCCAGAAAAAUUCUUGUCAGAAUUUAGACUCUCUGAUACAAGAUAUUUAUGGAAUCAAGGAGUCACCGGAAAGGAUCAAAUUGUUCAUUUGAUUGAUUCUGGUCUCGAUGUGAAUCAUUGUUUCUUUUCAAAGAAAGGUGGUGUUGAAGAUUAUUACACAGUACCAAAUGUGAAUAAUCGAAAAGUAGUGUAUUAUGAGAAAGCAAAGUUAGGAGAUCGAAUGGAUAAGAAUGGACAUGGUUCUCAUACUUGUGGAAUUAUUGCUGGAAAUCCUGAAAGUAGUGCCACUUCGAGCGAUUCACCCAUACUGCAAGAUAUUGGAAUUGCCAAAGAUGCCAAACUUUACAUGACUGAUGCUGCUGUGAGUGUCCUCUUCUAUGUCGACAAUAUCACUCUAUACUUGUCCAAUGCGUACAAAGUUGGAGCUCGAAUUUCAAGUAACAGUUGGGGAAAUGCCAAUCCUUUGGAUUGUGUAUUUGAUUGUCAAUGUUUUGAAUCGAAUAGUAAUCGCACAAAACCAGUCACUAAUGAGUUUUGUUUGAAGCAAUACGGUAAAUUGUGUUGUCAAGUUGGAAAUGAAUAUGAUGUGAAUGCAGAACGAGUGGAUGACUUUCUGUUCAAGAAUGACGAAAUGAUAAUCAUCUUUGCAGCAGGAAACAAUGGACAUUAUGGAAGAGACGGCUCUGAUGUAAGUAAUAGGAAAUUUCCUAAAGUAUCAAGAACUGAAUCUGUGUUCAGCACCUGCGGCAGCCAAAAUUCGUUGGCCGUUGGAGCCAGUUAUUCCACACUUCGAGAAUAUUCAAGAAAGGAUCCCAAUGUGAAUGCUACCCUUUUCAAUCAUGAAAAUUUAGGAUAUUUUUCAUCCAGAGGUCCAACCUUUGAUAAUAGAAUUAAACCAGAAAUUGUCUCACCUGGUGUCGCCAUAUGGAGUGCAAGAGUGAAUAAUCCCUUCUGCGAUGCCUCUGCCUUAAUUCAGAAGCGUCUUCUUCAAUACGAGUUGAUCAAUAAGUCUUCUUCUCAGACUCUGAGUGGCACAUUGGUGAAAGCCAUUUUAAUUCAUUCUGCCUCCACCAUGAAAGGAAGUGUCAAAUUGGACGGAGAUUUCACUCAGGAUAGAAAUUACGUGAAUCUCUCUCAAGAGUCAUAUCCAAACAAGUAUGUCGGGUAUGGAAGAGUGGAUUUAGGAAAUUUGUUGAGAUUUGGAGAUGCUGGCAAUUCCUUCUUUCUUGUGAAUCGAUUUGAAUUGGAUGCCUCUCAGAAAGUUUUAUUUAAAUUUAGAAUCAAAUCAUUGUUGACACAAUCAAUGCUCUUGAACACUGGAAUUAAGGCAACUCUUACAUGGUAUGAUCGAAAAGGGACACAAACGUCCUCCUCACAACCCAUUCUCAAACAAUUGAUUAAUGAUUUAAAUUUAUCGUUAGAAGUGAUUGAAAACACCUCUGGAAAUGUUACUCUUCGAUGUGUUGGAAAUGGAAAGUGUGUGAAUACUUUGGAUUCCAAUGGUGAUCUCGCUUACGAUUCAUUCAACAAUAUCGAAAGAAUUGAUUUGGAAAGAUUCUCAAACAUUCCUCCAAUAGAUUUGAGUCGUUCCUUGCUCACUUUUACGAUUGAGGCUUCUUCACAAAAUGUUGGAUCUCAGAAUUUCAGUCUUGUCGUGAGCAGUCAGGAGGAGAUUGAAUUAGAAUUUUGGAAUACACUGUGGUGGUGUCGAGUAGUAGUAGUACAUCAUCUUCCAUCCAACACUUUUCUCUCACCUUCAUCCUCCUCCUUGUUGCUCUUCUCCUCACCAACUCCUGCCUUUAAAAUAAGCAUUUGUGUUCAGCAGUUGUCCUUGUAG